UUCGCCAGAUGAGCAAAUGAGCGAUCUGUCUAUCCCGACUCCACCACCGUUAAAACACAAUCACACGCAAGAAGCCUUCCUCACGACCUUGAACUCGCACCAGGAGCCAGCAGAGGCCGGUACAAGUUACCAGUGCAGUGACAACAAUAAUAACAGCAGUCCAUCAGCAGAGCCUUGGAAGUGCUCCAACUGCAGCGAAGUCUUCAGCACUUUUGCACAACUGGAGUCACAUCCCUGUGAAAACAAACGCGCCAAAAGAGGGCGCAAGCCAAAGGUCAAAUCCCCUGUCAACCCGACGACGGUGGUCAACGAAAGUUGGAUCUUGGACGGAGAAGUGGGAAAGCCAGAAAAUCUAGCGUUGAAAACUGAAAAGGAAACUAAAACGGGUAAACCUCGACGGGGACGCGCCAAAAAGGAACCCAAGACUUACGCUUGUGGCGAGUGCCCCAAGAUAUUUGUGAACUCUGAGAAGCUGAAAACGCACAGGUAUAUGCACACAGGUGAACGGCCCUUUGUAUGUUCUCAUAACGGCUGCACCAAGGCGUUCAUUUCCAAGUACAAGCUUCUUCGACACAUGGCAACACAUUCACCGAAUAAGAUGCAUUGCUGCACGCAUUGCAACAAGAAAUUCCACCGCAAGGAUCACCUGAAGAAUCACCUUCAGACGCAUGAUCCAAAUAAAGAGGCGUACCGAUGCAACGAAUGCGGCAAGGUCUACAGUACCAAGCCGGGCUACAAGAAGCACUUGGCGUUACAUGCAGCAGCGUCGGGUGAACUGGUUUGUAAAUUGUGUGAGAAGGACUUUGAGAGCACAGAGACACUGUUGCAGCAUCUGAAGCUGCAUUCAGGGAAAUCUACAGGUGUGAAGGAGAAGAAGCACCAGUGUGAGCACUGUGACCGCCGCUUCUACACGCGCAAGGAUGUUCGAAGGCACAUGGUGGUGCAUACGGGUAGAAAAGACUUCUUGUGUCAGACAUGUGGGCAGAGGUUUGGGCGCAAGGACCAUUUAGUGCGGCACACCCGCAAGAGUCAUAAGGAGGACGAUAUGGAAUUACGGGUAAGGUUAGGUGAGCAGUUGCAGGCUGUUGGGGUGACAACAGUACAACACAUGCUCGGGAUGCAGCAUCUGCAAGAGCAGCAACAUCAUCAUCAUCAACUCCAGCAUCAACACCAUCAUCUUCAACAACAUCCACAUCAACAGCAGCAACUUCCCCACCAUCAUCACCACCACCAUCAACAGAUGUCACCAAUGGGCCAACAGCAUCAGCAGCAGUUCAUGUAUCCGAUGCAGCAGUCAUUGCCACAGGCUCCCCCAGCGGCCAACAUCCCACCUCCCUCCUGCACCAUGUCCCAACCGCAGCAGUUCACCGAGCUGCUGAAGAUUCCUCCCGUUCCAAGGUUCAAAUCCCAGAUCCAGCCCAAAGUAACCAUCAAGAACGAGGUCCAAAAGAUGAAUGACCCGAUGGACCUGGGCGGGCUGGACAACUGCAGCUUAGGGCGGAACCAGAUGAUGCAGGAAGCGUUAGGUCCAGGGGGAGUAGACUUGGGCCAGCUCUUGGGGUUCUUACCCCUCAAUGCCAUGCAGCAGCAACAGCAGCAGCCGCUUGCCUCUGCUGCUCCUCCAACACCGACUUCGCCACCCAUGUCCCUACCACCCAACACGCCCCCGGCUACCCUCCCACAGUCCCCUCUUAACAUCCCCCAAACGCAACUACCUCAACAAGGGAUGCAUGCCCAAGACCAGACGGGGGUUCUGCCCCAAUCACACAUGGACAACCACAUGAACCACGUGCAGAUGCAGCACAUGGGUCCCACUCAAAUUCCCUUCUCUGGGAUGCACUCAUUACCGAGAUUUCACCAGGCUUUCCAGUGAUCACUCCCUUUACUGAACCUUGUAGCGCCCUGCUAAGUCCUUAUCAGCUAAAUAGCUAAGUAUCUCUGAUAUAGACUGUUAUGAAAUGUAAGCAUUUUGUGUUCCUAUAGCAGUUCAUCUUACUCAUUCCUAAUAUCUCUCUUCUCAGGCAUCACCUACAAGAAUCAUUUUUGUCAUGUAGAGGAAAGUUCUUAGUGGAACAGUGAUUUCAAUCUACUUGAUAACACUUUACUUACCUAUCGAUUUAACAAUUGGUGGGUAAGUAAAGCUCGUAGAUAACCGAACAUACAUAUCCAGGGUAUAUUCCUCUUCUUUUAAGAUUCGCAAAGUAAAGAAGCAGGACAAUGAUCAUAAUGGCUUUAUAUACCAGAAAUAUAAAAAUUACAAAUUUGACAUCCUAUGUUACAUCCAUCUCUGAUAGAUAGGUGCAGAUCUGUCAUUGGUAUUUCUGAAAAAAAAACAUCUGUUCGCUCGUUAAAGAGCAGUUUAAAGGUUCCCUGCAUUGUCUUUAUAAGACAUCGCUCUUCUUUUCAGAUGCUGUGGAUAGAUCAAUGAAAGUUUUUACUAAACUAAUCACUAAUCAGAUGUAAAGGGAUGAUGGUUCCAACCGUGGCCAUGAGCUUGAGAUUGAUUUAUUCCUGCUUGGGUCCCGCUACUGUAUUGAUGUGUGAAUAGACCCACGUUUCCCCUCACAUUGUGAUGAGAGGAUUAAAGGAUAUUAAAUUCCAGUGUGAACAAGAACCUUCAUAUGACUGUAUUCACAGCACACAAUUACCCCGUGCAUUCACACCUGGUGACAGGUGUGCGUUAUGCCAUGAUGUGAUAUGCAGGGGAAUUAUUUAAAAUUUUUGGUGGUGUGCUGGAAUUAACACGAGAGAUGAAAAGCCUGCUGAUUACGGCUUUACAACGAAGGUUCUUUGGUUGAUUUUUUUACGACCUGACUUUAAUACAGCCCUUGAUAUAAUCCAGUUUUAAUGAUGUGUGAAAUGCUCGUAAAUGGUAUAUAAUGAGCAAGUCAAUGUGUGACUAGUGUGCUGCAUACAUACACGAGUAGAUAAAUGUGAACGCUGCCUCAAUAUAAACACAAUGUUUAGUCGUGAUACUGCCCUCGCUUGGCCCAACUCAUAUAGUGCAAUUAUUUUGUUCAUACCUCUGUAGUAUAAUGAGCUAGUGUUUGCUAUAAAAUGAAAUCGAUGAGCUCUCAUUGCAAUCUCUAUUCAGCAUUUUCAAAUGAUUUGCAUUGUAAUUAGUAGCAGCUUUUAAAUAGAUGGCAUAAAAAGGGUAAAUAGAAAUGGCAAACCUAACAUGCUUCAGUAUUUCAUUCGAGGAAUAUUCAGAUCAAAGUCUACGGGAUAUAUAUAGUUAUUAUGAAACAGGAAUUUUACUGCCUUAUUAGAGAAUGAGAAUUUUACUUGAAAUUUUUUUCAUUUGAAACGGAAAAUGUAUGGAAUUUUUUGAAAAUAUCUAGCAAAUGUAGUUUUGCUCAGUCACUUUUUUUCCUAACGGUCCUCAAUGCAUUAGUUACUACCGUCAAGGUGAUAUCAUUUGUUAAUGUCGCAUGUAUUACUCGAAAAAAUACCUCGGAAAAUAUCAGUCUUUCUCUCGUUAUGUUUGAUUCUUUUUUUUCUUAUUUUUACUUUGGUGUCUUUUUAAUGAAAUUUGUACUUUUAAGGAUUGCAUUUAUUGUUCAAAUGCACCUCUUGAUGUUAUUGUUAUAUUGAUUAUGCAAAGGGGAACUUGUUUUGUGUUACGGCCGAGUUUUGACUUCCAGAAAAUUAUUUUUCACUUGGUGCAUUUUGUUAUACCGUUUCAUAUCAUGUUUUGAAAUUAUGCAAGUGUUUAUAAUAAUGUCUUUGAAUUUGGUUCAUGGUUUUGGAUUGUUUUGUCCUCGAAACAUCGUCGGUGAGUUCUGUUGCAAUAAUUUGUUUCUUUUAUGCCUGCUAUCGGGGCAACGACUUGCUAUGCACUCAAUUAGAUUUUUAUUUUAUUACUCUCUACUUUUGCUGAAAAGGAAACAUUGCUUGUGACAAAAAUGAUAAUAAUAAUGAUGAUAAUCAUUGCUUGCUUACAGAAACUUUUAAGUGCCAUUUACCUGGGAGAUGGUUAAUUCUUUAAAUCUCGUUCUAUCGAAUUGAUAGCCUAAUUAUAUCAGCAUGAUGAGAUACAUUAUCUUGCAAAGUCGAUUUUAGAGUUAUCUAUUGUCAUGUUUAUUUAUGUCACGGCUAACCUAUGGUCAUCAUGAUAAUGCUGUUAUGUUGAUACGACAAGAUAGAUGCCUCGCCAUGUUGGCCAUCUUGUAAUAUAGAUGGCAUUUUACAGUUUCUGUACUCGGGUAAUAUGCAGAUUUUUUUUUUAGUGCAGACAAGUCAAUAAUGGAAACACAUUACCCUUUUGCAAAAAGGUUCAUUCACUACCAGCAAAAUAGCUUUUAGAGGUAUUUUACUUUCACAAUAAGUUUUGGAUGAAGCCUUUUGCCAUGGAUAUUCAGUUUUCUGAAAUGACACACAGAGAUUUAUACACAAAGGAAAACAUCUUUCCUUAUUCCAUGUGAAUCUUGUCUUUAUUUUAUAUUAUUACUUUGUGGAAGCGCCGUGGUGUAGCGGUUCUGACUCUCGCCUUGUAAUCAGAGGGUCGUGUGUUCUAAUCCCACCAUGGCCUAGCGUCCUUUGGCAAGGCGUCAAUCCACAAUUUGCCACUCUCCACCCAGGUGUUAAAUGGGUACCCGGUAGGAUGCGAAAGCCUAUGUAGUAUGCCUAGCAAUUGAGUCUUGGAACUCUUGUUGGAAUGCUCCCCAGGGAGUGGAGAAGGUGCAUACAUUGUAUGCGGGCAUGCAAGGAUCCGAUGACCGGGGUAAUAAUAUAUCUGUAAAGCGCUUAGAGACGUCGUUCCGAUGUGUUAAGCGCUAUAUAAAUGCGGAAUAUUAUUAUU